GUUUUUUGUUCUUGGCGAUAGUUUACUGAGAAUGAUGAUUUCCAAUUUCAUCCAUGUCCCUACAAAGGACAUGAACUCAUCAUUUUUUAUGGCUGCAUAGUAUUCCAUGGUGUAUAUAUGCCAUAUUUUCUUAAUCUAGUCUAUCAUUGUUGGACAUUUUCUUUUUGAUAGUCGAAUUCCCUUCAACGUCUAGCACAGUGCCUUGCACAUUUACCCACUCAAAAAAAAUUUCGUAAGGAAUUAAUAAAUGAAUCCUUAGGAGGAAAAGUGAAAAUGAAGUUUUUCUCUCAGGAUGAGGUGUAUUUCUCCGUUCGUUUCAGAUAUGCAUCAGCUAGUCAGCGUAAAUUGUGCUUUUUAUAUGCUCACCAGGUGUAGGUAAGAGCUCUGGCUGAGAUGGAGAAACUCAUCGCGGGAGGAUAAUAAAGCGGGCAAGGAUUUGGCAACCUGAGAGCCGCGAGGAGGAGGCGGAGUCGCGGAGAGUUUGAGUAUUUCCGUCCAAUCAAAAGGAGACUGUAGGAGGAGGAGGAGGAGGAGAUGACUGGGGAGCGGGAGCUCGAGAAUACUGCCCAGUUACUCUAGCGCGCCAGGCCGAACCGCAGCUUCUUGGCUUAGGUACUUCUACUCACAGCGGCCGAUUCCGAGGCCAACUCCAGCAAUGGCUUUUGCAAAUCUGCAGAAAGUGCUCAUCAGUGACAGCCUGGACCCUUGCUGCCGGAAGAUCUUGCAAGAUGGAGGGCUGCAGGUGGUGGAAAAGCAGAACCUUAGCAAAGAGGAGCUGAUAGCCGAGCUGCAGGACUGUGAAGGCCUUAUUGUUCGCUCUGCCACCAAGGUGACUGCUGAUGUCAUCAAUGCAGCUGAGAAACUCCAGGUGGUGGGCAGGGCUGGCACAGGUGUGGACAAUGUGGAUCUGGAGGCCGCAACAAGGAAGGGCAUCUUGGUUAUGAACACCCCCAAUGGGAACAGCCUCAGUGCCGCAGAACUCACCUGUGGGAUGAUCAUGUGCCUGGCCAGGCAGAUUCCCCAGGCGACGGCUUCGAUGAAGGAUGGCAAAUGGGAGCGGAAGAAGUUCAUGGGAACAGAGCUGAAUGGAAAGACCCUGGGAAUUCUUGGCCUGGGCAGGAUUGGGAGAGAGGUAGCUACCCGGAUGCAGUCCUUUGGGAUGAAGACUAUAGGGUAUGACCCCAUCAUUUCCCCAGAGAUCUCGGCCUCCUUUGGUGUUCAGCAGCUGCCCGUGGAGGAGAUCUGGCCUCUCUGUGAUUUCAUCACUGUGCACACUCCUCUCCUGCCCUCCACGACAGGCUUGCUGAAUGACAACACCUUUGCCCAGUGCAAGAAGGGGGUGCGUGUGGUGAACUGUGCCCGUGGAGGGAUUGUGGACGAAGGCGCCCUGCUCCGGGCCCUGCAGUCUGGCCAGUGUGCCGGGGCUGCACUGGACGUGUUUACGGAAGAGCCGCCACGGGACCGGGCCUUGGUGGACCAUGAGAAUGUCAUCACCUGUCCCCACCUGGGUGCCAGCACCAAGGAGGCUCAGAGCCGCUGUGGGGAGGAAAUUGCUGUUCAGUUCGUGGACAUGGUGAAGGGGAAAUCUCUCACGGGGGUUGUGAAUGCCCAGGCCCUUACCAGUGCCUUCUCUCCACACACCAAGCCUUGGAUUGGUCUGGCAGAAGCUCUGGGGACACUGAUGCGAGCCUGGGCUGGGUCCCCCAAAGGGACCAUCCAGGUGAUAACACAGGGAACAUCCCUGAAGAAUGCUGGGAACUGCCUAAGCCCCGCAGUCAUUGUCGGCCUCCUGAAAGAGGCUUCCAAGCAGGCGGAUGUGAACUUGGUGAACGCUAAGCUGCUGGUGAAAGAGGCUGGCCUCAAUGUCACCACCUCCCACAGCCCUGCUGCACCAGGGGAGCAAGGCUUCGGGGAAUGCCUCCUGGCCGUGGCCCUGGCAGGCGCCCCUUACCAGGCUGUGGGCUUGGUCCAAGGCACUACACCUGUACUGCAGGGGCUCAAUGGAGCUGUCUUCAGGCCAGAAGUGCCUCUCCGCAGGGACCUGCCCCUGCUCCUAUUCCGGACUCAGACCUCUGACCCUGCAAUGCUGCCUACCAUGAUUGGCCUCCUGGCAGAGGCAGGCGUGCGGCUGCUGUCCUACCAGACUUCACUGGUGUCAGAUGGGGAGACCUGGCACGUCAUGGGCAUCUCCUCCUUGCUGCCCAGCCUGGAAGCGUGGAAGCAGCAUGUGACUGAAGCCUUCCAGUUCCACUUCUAACCUUGGAGCUCACUGGUCCCCGCCUCUGGGGCUUUUCUGAAGAAACCUACCCACUGUGAUCAAUAGGGAGAGAAAAUCCACAUUCUUGGGCUGAACGCGGACCUCUGACACUGCUUACACUGCACUCUGACCCUGUAGUACAGCAAUAGCCGUCUAAUAAAGAGCCUACCCCCAA